AUGACGAAGAGGCCAGCUGAAGAUUCACUUGAUGAACCCGUCGAGAUAGACUCGCCCGCUUCGAAGCGGCCCAAGAUCUAUUCUUCGGAAGAACCAAUAGACACGACCACCCUCACAGACCGAACAGAACAGAGAUGGAAUGGCAAUGGACACGAUUUAAAUGAUGAUACACCAACUACAGAUAAUCGAGGAGAAAAUGAAGCUGGAGAAAUAGCUGCAGAGGAAUCAGACUUGGAGGAGGACGAUACUCGCCAUCGAACCGUUCGGCAAAACGCACCUCUGGAAGGAUACGAUGACUUAUACCUGGAUACAAUACAAAGAGGUGCACUAGACUUUGAUUUCGAGAAGCUAUGUUCCGUCUCAUUAUCGAAUAUCAAUGUCUAUGCGUGCUUAGUAUGCGGCAAAUACUAUCAAGGACGCGGACCCAAAUCGCAUGCCUACUUUCACGCCCUCGAGGUCGAACACCAUGUGUUUAUUAACAUGGAGACGAAGAAGGUUUAUGUGUUGCCGGAAGGAUAUGAAGUCAAGAACAAGAGCUUAGAUGAUAUUAAAUACGUUGUUGAUCCUCACUUCUCUAAGGAGGAAGUGGCAAAGCUGGACAAGACGGUUAUAGAUGCCUUUGAUCUAUUGGGCAAACGUUACAGGCCAGGGUUUGUUGGAAUGAAUAAUAUCAAGUCCAAUGACUAUCUAAACGUUAUAGUUCAACUGCUUGCACAUGUCCGCCCCAUCAGGAACUUCUUUUUACUACAUGACUUUCCGGCUCUAAGCACCCCCCAGCUUCCUCUGAGAUUCGGAAUGCUAGUGCGCAAACUGUGGAAUCCCCGAGCAUUCAAAGCACAUGUCUCGCCGCACGAAUUACUCCAGGAGGUUGCCAUACGGUCGUCUAAACGGUUUACCUUAACGAAGCAGUCAGACCCGAUCGAGUUUCUCUCGUGGUUUUUAAAUAACCUCCAUCUGACUUUGGGGGGCUCUAAGAAGCCAUCAUCAAAGCCAACUAGUGUGAUUCAAUCAGCUUUCCACGGUAAACUUCGAAUUGAAAGCCAGGCUAUCACGGCCAGGUCUGACAGCGCGAAUGCCCGUCUUGUAUUCUCUGAAUCAAGCACCACCACAUCACAGGUUAACCCAUUUCUAAUGCUCACAUUGGAUCUUCCUCCUACUCCUCUAUUUCAAUCCUCAAACAAGGACUCCAUUAUACCCCAAGUUCCUCUUACCACCCUCCUAAACAAAUACAACGGUAUAACUGCAUCUGAGAAACUCGCCCAUCGCGUACGACAUCGGUUGUUACACCCUCUUCCGCCUUACCUUCUAUUCCACAUCAAGCGGUUCAGCAAAAAUAAAUUUGUCGCUGAGCGAAACCCCACUAUCGUUACUUUCCCAUCGCCCCAUGGGCUUGACAUGUCACCAUAUGUUGAACCGGACCCAUCUAUAUGGCCCCCAGGCGAACCCAUUAUUUAUGAUCUGGUAGCAAAUGUCAUUCUUGAUGCUGCAGUGAAUGUUCCAGGCGGUCCCGAAAACGCUGCAAACAGCGCGGAGACGGCCAAAGAUUUGACUGAGACUGGCCCAUCUGCCUCCAGUACGUCAACCACACCGGGCGCAGCCGCGGGUAAUCAAAAGGUGUCAUGGCUUAUCCAACUACAUGAUAAGGCCAUGGCUACGGAGAAUUCCCAGCAGCAGCAACAGAAGGGCCCAGAGUGGUUGGAGGCCCAGGAUCUAUGGGUCAAGCGUACAGAAAGUGAGACUCUAUUUACGCGGGAAGGGUAUCUGAUGGUCUGGGAAAGGAGGAAGACAAAACCUCCAGGAAGUAAGUGA